UAUUCCAAAAGUAGAUCCCUUUACCAUGAAGCUUGAUGUAAAUGGAAGGCAUGUAGAAUUUGAAGUGGAUACUGGCUGUAGUGUUACCAUAAUGAGCCAAGCAGCUUAUUCUAAAUUAUGGAACAACAAACAAGCACCGGCAUUAGGAAAGUGCACAAUUAAAUUAAAAACAUACACAGGCCAGCUAGUGGAUACUUUAGGAGCAGCUGUAGUGACAGUGACAUACAAAGAAAAAGUCAAUAAAUUACCAUUAGUGGUGGUGGCUACUUCAGGGCCAAAUUUACUAGGCAGAGGGUGGCUUUCAAAGUUAGAAAUGGAUUGGAGAGUGUUACAUCAAUUGACACAAACAAGCUGUCAGAGGCUAUGUGAUGUGUUAGAAGUGCAUGGAACUGUGUUUAAAGAGGAACUGGGCACCUUACAGGGAGCAAAAGCAAAAAUAUACGUUGACGGCAACACCAACCCCCGAUUUUUCAAACCCAGAUCAGUCCCCUAUGCCAUGAAGCCUAAAGUGGAAGCGGAGCUGGAACGACUGUUAAAGGAGAAGAUUAUAGAACCUGUGCAGUUUUCAAACUGGGCAGCGCCUAUUGUACCUGUCUUGAAACCGGAUGGCUCUGUGCGUAUCUGUGGGGAUUAUAAACUCACUGUAAAUAGAGUGUCCAAACUGGAGCAGUAUCCAAUCCCCAAGAUUGAGGAUUUAUUUGCCAUCCUGGCAGGGGGAGAGAGAUUCACUAAACUAGACAUGAGUCAUGCAUACCAACAGGUUGUAUUAGAUGAGGGGUCCAAGGAGUAUGUGACCAUAAAUACCCAUAAAGGACUGUUUAGAUAUAAUCGGCUUCCCUUUGGUGUUUCUUCAGCACCUGCUAUAUUCCAGAGGACUAUGGAGGGGUUGUUGCAGGGGAUCCCUAACGUGGCCAUAUACCUAGAUGAUAUCUUGGUCACAGGAAGCACAGAAAAGGAACACCUCCAGAGUUUGACAACAGUGUUAAGCAGGCUGGAAGCUGCAGGUCUGCGCCUUAAACGGAGUAAGUGUACUUUCCUCGAGAAAGAAGUGGUAUUUCUAGGACACAAAAUAGAUGCCACAGGUUUGCACCCGGUGCAAGACAAAGUCAGGGCAAUACAACAGGCCCCAGCUCCUAAGAAUGUAACAGAAUUAAAAGCAUAUCUGGGACUAUUGAAUUAUUAUAAUAAAUUCCUUCCCAGGGUAUCAACACUGUUGACAGCCCUAUAUGUACUGUUACGCAAAGAUGUGAAAUGGAUGUGGGGAGCUAAACAACAAGAAGCCUUUGAAGCAUCAAAGAAACUGUUACAGUCAUCGGAUGUGCUAGUCCACUAUGAUGCAACUAAAGAGCUGAUCUUGUCCUGCGAUGCUUCACCAUAUGGAGUAGGGGCUGUUCUGUCGCACCGUAUGCCUGAGGGGGUAGAAAAACCAAUUGGAUUUGUAUCCAGAACAUUGACAGAGGCAGAAAAGAAUUAUUCUCAGCUGGACAAAGAAGGUUUAGGAGUGAUAUUUGGAGUACAAAAGUUCCACAAUUACAUAUAUGGUCGACAUUUUACAAUCUGUACAGACCAUAAGCCAUUGAUCACCCUAUUAAAUGAGAUGAAAGCUGUUCCACAGAUGGCAUCACCCAGAAUCCAGAGAUGGGCAGUAACCUUAAGAGCAUACGAAUAUACAAUUCAGUAUAAGCCCGGAAAAGAUCAUGGUAAUGCAGAUGCUUUUAGUCGCCUUCCGUUGCCAGAAAGCCCACCAGCAGGAAGGACUGAAGACAGAGUAUUAUUGAUGGACCACUUGGACAUGCCCCCGGUAACUGCAUCACAAAUUAGGGCGUGGAUAGGGAAGGACCCAGUGCUGGCGAGAGUACGAGAAUAUGUGCUCAGAGGUUGGCCGGCACAAGUACAUGAAACAGAGAUGAGGCCCUUCUUUUCCAGAAAAGACGAAUUGAGCGUACUAGAUGGUUGCAUACUCUGGGCAGCCAGGAUGGUUAUACCAAAACCAGGCCGAGUGCAAAUCUUGAAUCAGUUACACCAGGCUCACCCUGGGUCUACACGCAUGAAAGGUCUAGCUCGAAGCUACGUUUGGUGGCCAAAAAUAGACGAAGACAUUGAAAUGCAAAUCAAAACUUGUGAAACAUGCCAAAUACACCAGAAAGCUCCAGCUCAAGCACCACUGCAUCCUUGGGAGUGGCCCGAUAAACCAUGGAGAAGACUACAUAUCGAUUAUGCAGGCCCAUUCCUAGGAAAAAUGUUCCUAGUGAUAAUAGACGCACAUUCAAAAUGGAUAGAUGUUUACCCUUCCAAUACAUCGACAGCUUCAGCAACAAUAGAGAAACUUCGUCACAGCUUCAGUACACAUGGAUUACCAGAAACCAUAGUGUCGGACAAUGGCACUGCUUUCCUCAGUUCAGAGUUUCAAGGCUUUAUGAAAGCAAAUGGCAUUAGUCAUGUAACAACAGCGCCUUACCAUCCCGCAUCUAAUGGUUUAGCAGAGAGGGCUGUGCAAACUGUGAAAGAAUAUUUGAAGAAAACACCAGGAAACACUGUGGAAGUAAAAUUGGCCAGAGCGUUGUUUAGUUACAGGAUUACACCACAAUCAACAACAGGCUUGUCUCCGGCUGAAAUGCUCAUGGGAAGAAAAUUACGAUCUACACUGGAUCUUCUACAGCCUGACUUAAAAAGGAAAAUUCAGAAGAGACAACUGCGAGUCAAAGAAAGACAUGACAAACAUGCCAAGCUCAGAACAUUUGAGCGAGGAGAUCUGGUUUAUGUCAGGAACUUUGGACCAGGGGAAAGGUGGAUUUCAGCGAUCGUGCAAGAUUCAACAGGUCCUGUUUCAUAUACUGCUAAAUUAGGAAAUGGACAAAUAGUGAGACGCCAUGUGGAUCAAGUCCGAGAGAGAGAAAAAAAACACACCCCUGAGGAAAGUCCAGCAGUUAUUCCAAUAGACCAAGAGAUAACUACAGAGUCAGGAAGCACCACAUUGCAGGGAGAACGGUUAGGUACUGAGAUGAGGUCACCAGAAAGGGCUGAGCAACAAACUGCACCAGAGGAUCUUCACAGAGAUGGUCAAAGCAGGAAUCCUGGAGAGACAUCUGUAAAUAGUUCUAUGCAACAGGAAGUACCAAGACAUUCAGUGAGGACGAGAAUUCCUCCAAAUUAUCUCAAGGACUAUGUUAAUUAGAUAUUCACGGACGAGAUAGUAGUAGCAACUUUAGAAGGGAGGAAGUGUAGUGACGUCGGCUGGCUAGGACGUCACUUCCGAAAAAGAGAACUGAAGCGUGAGGGCAGAUUUCCAGACGGAUUCGUAGCGUCAUGGUUAAUAAUAUGAGGACUAGCAGUAGUGUGCAAUUAAGAGGAAUAAUCACCAGCCUGGCUAUGUUAUAGACCAUAUAAUAAAUAGUUGUUCUGUUUGGGUUACCCUGGAUAGAGUGUCGUUAUUGUGGGGAAUUACACUACGAGGAACAC